UUAUGUGAGCAGACAAAUUAUUGCGUGUGGACGGGUUUCAAAGCACAUUGAGCCGCUAAACGCAAAAAUACUGAACUACAGAACCUGCUACUGAAACUCGCACCCUAAAUCAGCAUAAGUGUAUAGAAAGCUCACGUUCUGAUGAAAAUAUAGAAUGCUACAAUUUCCAUCGCGAAAUAAGUAUAUGUAUAAAAGAUAAAAGUAGUGAAAGAGGAGAGAUAUGCUGAAGAACGGGCAACGCAUGGAAUAACAGUUUUAUUUUAGAAGAAGGCCGAGCUAAAUUUAUUUACCCUUGCUUCCUUGCAGUGAAACGUUUCGAGAGAUGGGGCUAUUACACACAUCUAUCAAUAUAGUCUGUUCAUGUGAACCGGCAAUGGCGUUUUAACAUUCGACAGCCAAUGCUACUUUACCGCACAACAGACAAAAACGGUUGUGUUAACAAUCUAUGCACUGGCAUCUUUGAAAUCAAAGAUGGCACCAAAAAAGUAUUUUGAUAAGUGAACCGAAAUGGGAAUGUGAUUUAUGUAAAUAAUCAGACAAUAUUAUAAACUAUGUGAUGGUGGGAAAAACACAUGGCGUGCAAGGAAGGAAAUGUCCAACCUCAGCACUUUGUCGAAGAAAUUGAUUACAAUGAAAUAAAAAAGAUACAGGUUGUAGGGAAAGGUUCAUUUGGCGUUGUUUGGAAAGGAAAAUGGCGGAACAUUGAUGUAGCUGUAAAACACAUAGAUUCUGAAGCAGAAAAGAAGGCAUUUGCAGUUGAAGUGAGACAGCUGUCAAGGAUAAAUCAUCCCAAUAUUGUAAAACUUUAUGGUGCCUGCACUCAAAAUCCAAAUCCAGUAUGUCUUGUGAUGGAAUAUGCAGAGGGAGGUUCACUGUACAAUGUUCUUCACUGUCGACCGUUACCUAAAUACACUGCAGGCCAUGCUAUGAGCUGGGCAUUGCAGUGUGCUAAUGGUGUAGCUUAUCUGCACAACAUGAAACCAAAAGCAUUAAUACACAGGGAUCUUAAACCACCAAACCUUCUUCUCAUAAUGGGUGGAAAAGUACUCAAAAUAUGUGACUUUGGAACAGCCUGUGAUAAGAAAACCUAUAUGACAAACAAUAAAGGGAGUGCUGCUUGGAUGGCUCCCGAAGUGUUUGAAGGUUCAAGCUAUACCGAAAAAUGUGAUGUCUUUAGUUGGGGAAUUAUUCUGUGGGAAGUUUUGAGCAGGCGGAAGCCUUUUGAUGACAUUGGUGGCUCAGCUUACAGAAUUAUGUGGGCUGUGCAUACUGGUGAACGACCACCCCUAAUAGAAGGAUGCCCACGACCCAUUGAAUCUCUUAUGACCAGGUGUUGGGACAAAAAUCCAGCAAACAGACCAUCAAUGGAUGAAGUUGUUCAUAUAAUGAAUGCACUUUUUCCAUUCUUUACUGGGUAUGAUGAACCUGUACAAUAUUCUUCUGGAGAUGAAGAGUCUUCUCAAGGUAGUGCUCUGCCAGAAGAAUAUGACUCAGAUGAUGAAGACACACAAGCUGAGAUGGGAACAACUUUGACAGAUCGUUCAAAGACCCAAGUCUCUUCAACAUCAACAAUGAAUGGUUCUAUUAUGACACAAGGAAAAACAGAGCUGGUGGCAGAGAGUCUGAAGAAACCUCUACAAAUUGAAGUUGACCCUUAUCCUUGGACACUGGAACCGAAGGAUCAAGAUAGAGGCAGAAGAUCCACUGAAGGAAUAAGGUUGAGGGAACCCAACCCGUAUAUAGGUUGGCAAUCAGAUGAUGAUAUGAGGAAGACAAGACCUGGCACUAUAGAAAUAAUGAAGACAACUGGGUCUGACAAGUCAGUGCUUGUACAAAAUGCACCAACAAGUGGCAGCAGCAGCACGACACACGAAGAAUUGGACAAUGUGUAUCUAAUGUUGGAUCCUCAGUUGCAUCCUAUUUCUCCAGACAACACAUGUAAGGAAUCGGUGCAAAUCUUCGAGGAGCACAAGCGGUUGGCACAAGAAUACCUAAAGGUGCAAACUGAGAUUGCCUACCUGUCUCGACACAUGGAUCAGUUAGCAGAAAGGCUUAGUGAGGCUGAGGGCCUGAGCCAGUUGGACCAACAGGACUCAGAGCGGCUGCAAGAGGAGUUACGCAAACUUGAAAAUGAAAAGGAAAACCUACAAAAACUUCAUAGGAAUCUUAAACGACAACUGGAACUUAUUAAGGGUCAAAGAAGAGAGAGUGUUGGAAAUGAUGGAUGGGUCGUUGUGCCACACCAGGACCACUCUCACUUAACUUAGCUGCUGCUGAGUGUGUCUCCAAGUACUAUAUUUUUAUACCAAGAGUGAAUGUGACUGUAAUGCAUAUAAAAGUGAAGUAAUAAGUUUGGUCCUCGAUGAUUUGUGUUCUGUUAAUACUACUAAAACUUUUAAUUGCUGACCUGUAAAAAAAGCAUUUAUAGUAUUUGUGUCAGACUGAUGUGUGUAUUUUAUUGUAUCUUAUUUUGUUUUUCAAUGAAAACCGCAGAUUGCCCUGUGGAGUGUUCUUUCUCCAGUCUGCAAAGGUGUUUUCAUUUGCCUUGCCUGUAAUUUUCGGCAACAACAUCUGUGACUUGAUUUAUCUGUCAGUUUACCAUUGUAUUGCUCAAAUCCUUAUAUAGAUCUGUUUCUUGUUUUCAUAUAUAUAAAAAGUAGAAUAUCUUCAAGUGAAGUCAUAUGACUCAAAAGGAAGCAUUCACAAAAUAUUCUUGUGACAACAUGCCAGUUUUCAUGAGGUAGUUAUUAAGGAAAUAAUGACAAAGUUAGUGGAUUGCACUAAUAUUUAAUGUUGAGUAAGUGUACACAAGAAAGACUGUUGAAUAGUAUUUUUGUGUUUGCUUACAAGAUGACUUCAUGUUAAUUAUAGACUGGACACAACCAUAUUUAUGAAAAAACUAUUGCAUUAUGCACUUCUGUUGUACUUAACUGUUCAAGUGACAGACUUAAUUGUGAGCCCUUUGUUUGUAUUGUCCUGUAAAUGCUGAGGUGUGGCUGGAACAGGUGUAAAAAAAUUUAAGUUGUUAGAGAAAACAAUGACAAGAAGUAUACCAAACUAGUAAUGGUGUUAGUCUGAUAACAUUUCCUCAAAUGUGACCUAUCUAUUUGAAGGUUAGCCAUUUUUUAUGAACAAUGUUGGUGAGUAGUUUUACACUAAUUUAUUUACAUUAGGCCAUUCAUUUUAUAAGUCACCACAUAUGAACAGUGGAGACAGAAUGGGGUUUUGAUUAUUGUAAACAAAAUUUUAUACUGGAAUGCAUACUGAUGCAAAGAGGAUCAUGCCAAUGCAGUAUCACCAUUCUAUAAAUACUUCACGUAAACGAAACUAUUCUGUAAUUGUUUUAUUUUUGUGAUUUUGUCAAAAUGUGCAUUUGGUUUAAAUAUUUAUGUCAGUAUAAUACAACUCAAAAUAUUCUCAGUGUAAAAGUCAAACCCUUUCUUUGUUACUUAUUUACAGUCGGGUAAAAAUUGUUUGUUUGCUGGCCUGCACUUAGUUUAAACUUUUAUGUUCUUGUUCAUGUAGAAGGAUUGAAACAAGGAAGUUUAUUUGUAGUGGAUUAAGCAAACUUUGUUUCAUAUUCAAUUUUCCAUCUGGGUGAAGCAUGAGAGAUCGUUGUUGCAUAUGUUUUGACCAUAUGGCUCCUGCUGUGUAUGAAGUGAAUUAUAAAACACACGAGUUGUCAAAGAACAUUUUAUGUUGACAUGCAUUACCACUGUUUAAAGUAAAACUGCAAUGUGUUUUAGUAAAUGGACUACCGUGUAUUCAUUCCAUAACAUUGCUAGUCUAGUAAAGUAAAGUGAAGUGAUUUACAUUGUUCAUUGAAUGCACCUGUUUCUGAAACAAUAUGCCAAAAUAUUGACUGAAUUUGACAGUCUGUGAGAAACCGUUUUAGGGUAUGCAAAUAUUACUCUAAUGCUGCGGGCAGCAUGUUAUACUGUUCAUUAGAUGUCUUGUGAAAGUUCCUGUAUUAUCUGUAUGACUGACCUUUUGUAAAGAGAUGUAAAUUUGUCAUAUUCAGCUAACUGUAAAUUGUAUGUCCAUAAUGUAAAUACAUUUUGAUAUUCUUUGUGA